AUGCUUGACAUGGGCAGCAAGCUACACGCAAGGUUGCGAGGAAUGUGCAGUGGCUUCAAGAAGCUGGCGAUCACGAAGAGCACAGAGGAUCAUUCCGAACAGGAUGUCGAUGAGGCAAUGAAGGAUUGGCAAAUGCUGUGUGAUACAGAAGUGAGCUCGGGAGAGGGACUAAGAGUCAAAGAUGAGAGAUCGACUUCAGGAGAUUCAGAUCGUACAGAGGAGCUUGUGUGGGAAAUCACGCAGUUGAUCGACAACGGCUGCGAGGAAAUUGGGUGUGCCGAGUGGGACGAACUGAUAGCGAUGGUGGAGAACUAA